AUGGACCAUAUCCGUCGGUAUAAUGUCGAGCGAUCUUGUCUCCGGUGCCAUCAGCGCAAAGUUCGCUGCGACAAGGAUUCCCCCUGUGCCGCCUGUGUCCGGAUGAAAGUUCCCUGCCAGUAUCCAGGCCCUAGUCGAGUGCAACGGCGUCCGCCAAAAGCUACUUCUGCAGAUGUAGUCUCUCGUAUAGAUCAGUUGGAGAGAGCUGUGACUGAACUGACCCGGCGUUCGUCCACCGUCAGUUCAAUACACGACGACGAUGAAAAUGUGACACGAAGCAUUGCCCCUGAGCGUCAGCCUCGACAGGGCCUUUUGGUGCGAGACGGUCGAUAUAUCGACGAGCAUCUCCUAUCUGGGUUUCUUGAAAAAGACAAAGAUCUACAAACUGCUAUUGGCACACCUCGGUCUGCUGGAAAGAGCCCUGGACGACGGUCACCUCUGAGGGUCGAGGGGCUCAUUACCAACUCACUGCGCGAGCACAUAGAUUUCCAGGCCCUGCAGCCUAGUCGAUGGCAGGCCAUUCAGCUCUGGCAGACUUUCCUUGGUCGCGUCGAUCCAGUGGUGAAGGUUCUUCAUAUUCCGUCGACGCAGCCCCGGUUCUUUGCAGCCAUCAACCAGCCUCAGAACGUGUCUGCGGAUACCCAGGCGCUACUGUUCGCCAUCUGCUUUGCAGCCACAACCACUUUGUUCUCUGAUGACCCCUUGCGGGAGGAAAUCCGCUCGGAUAUACGCCGGUUUCAGCAGGGGUUCGAGCUUGCCCUCUAUCGUUCCUCGUUCCUGGACGCACCGACUCUGACGUCGCUGCAAGCAAUGGCCAUCUACCAGACGUGCCUUCGAUACCACAAUAGCGGCCGCUCCAACUGGACGCUCCAUGGCCUCACCACCCGUGCCGCGCAAUCCAUCGGUCUCCAUCGCGACGGACGGCACUUCAACCUCUCGCCGCUGGAGUGCGAACUCCGCCGCCGACUGUGGUGGCACAUUGUGACGUGCGACCAACGCGCCGCGGAGGAUCACGGCCUCUCCAUUAUCGCGCACAAUGAACCCUGCGACACGAACCUGCCCUCCAACCUCGACGACCAGGAUCUCUCCGCAACGGCGACAGUGCCACCGGCACCUCAAUCGCGCUGGACGGAGAUGACCUUUCCGUUGAUCACGAUCCAAAUCAACCGCCAUUUGCAUGAGAUCUCACGAAAGACAUCCCAGGGUGUCUCGCCGGAUCCACUAGUCAGGGAACUCCAGGACUACAUUCAGCGUAAUUACCUGCAACACGGGGACGCCAAUAUCCCCAUCCACCAACACGGCCUGCUUCUAGCAGAAGUCCUCAGCAUGAAAGUCGCAGUCUACACAAGGCAGAAAGCACUACAGGUCCAGAACCAGGGCCAGAGCCAGUGCCCACAGUACGAAAGUUCAACAGCGCAAGAGACGCUGGCGAUGGCUUGCCAUGGCCUGGAGUGCUCACUGGAAUUGCAGACGAACGACCUGGUCCGUGGCUUUCGCUGGCUUACCACCACAUACACCCAGUAUCACCUUCUGUGUUAUGUCCUGUGGCAUCUGUGCGUGUAUCCGGCUAGCGUGCAUGUUGAGCGGGCCUGGCGCAACGUCGAAGCAACCUUUGAGGCGGUGGAAAGGGAACCCGCGUGGCCAGACCCGGGGCCCAAAUGGGCGGUUAUGUCGCAGUUGAGGGCCAAGGCAUUGAGGGCGAGGGAGGGAUUGACGAAUAGGGAGGUCGAUGCCCAGGAGAACGGACCAGAGAAUGUCUUGGACUGGGGGAAUUGGGAUCUGGAGUUGUUCGGGUUCGGGGAGUGGACUGUUUGA